AUAUGCUCCUCAUCUUUCUCUCUGUCUCACCUCCAUUUAGAUCUUCCUCCCUUUCUGGAUGCUGGACCAUCACAGAGUCUCAUACUUUUUCCAUGUUCUCUGUGUAAGCUAAGAAAGAACCUUCCAUGUUUUGCUCCUAGGGAGGCCGAGGUAUGGUGAUCCCAUCUUGGGAAAACCAGACAGUGAUAGUAGAAUUUGUGCUUCGAGGAUUCUCUUCCAUCCUACACCUAAAUAUUUCCCUCUUUGUGAUGUUUUUAGUUUUCUACAUCUUAACUAUUUCUGGAAACAUCCUCAUUGUCCUUCUAGUUUUGUUCAACCACCCCCUCCACACCCCCAUGUACUUCUUCCUGGUGAACUUGUCCUUUCUGGAGAUCUGGUACACCUCCAACAUCGUCCCCAAGAUGUUGCUGAUUAUCAUAGCCGAACAGAAGACCAUCUCUGUGGCUGGCUGCCUGGCACAGUUCUACUUCUUUGGAUCUUUGGCUGCAACCGAGUGCCUCUUGCUUGCUGUGAUGUCCUGUGACCGCUACCUGGCCAUCUGCCAACCUCUCCGCUACCCCCUCCUCAUGACUGGCCCCAUCUGCAUCAGGUUGGCUGCUGGUUCUUGGCUCUCCUGCUUCCUUCUCACAUCAAUCACCAUGGUCCUGCUGUGUAGACUAACCUUCUGUGGACCUAAUGAAAUUGAUCACUUCUUUUGUGACUUCACCCCUCUGGUCCAUCUUUCCUGCAUGGAUGCCUCACUGACUGAGACCGUUGCCUUUGCCACCUCUUCUGCAGUGACUCUGGUCCCAUUUCUCCUCAUCACAGCCUCCUACUCCUGCAUCCUUGUCUCUAUCCUAAGAAUCCCAUCGGGCAUAGGCCGGAGGAAGGCCUUCUCUACCUGCUCUUCCCACAUCAUUGUGGUCAUGGUGUUUUAUGGGACACUGAUUGCCACUUACCUCGUACCCUCAGCCAACUCUUCCCAACUCUUGCGCAAAGGGUUCUCUCUGCUUUACACCAUCCUGACACCUAUGUCCAACCCCAUCAUCUACAGCCUGAGGAAUAGAGACAUCCAUGAAGCUCUGAAGAAGUGUUUGAGAAAGAAAUCCGGUUCACUCAGAUGAUGCAGAAAGGAUGAUGCAGAGCUAUAUCAAAUGACCGGAUACCUCUGAGGAUGGCUGUGGACACUGCUGAGUUCCGACAGUAUUUGGAUGAAUGGUCUAAGCAGAUCGGACUCUGCUUCAUCAUCUUCAGUAGUCUUAGCUUUCUUUUCUUUAUUUUUCUUUUUUACAAAAGUUUAUACUCAAAAUGAACUGGUAAGGUGCUCCAUUCACUCAAAUAUAUGAAGGCUGCUCUGUCCAAGACACUGUGCUGGAUGGACAUAAAUUAUAAAAUGAUAGGCAAGAACAGAGGAAUUCCUUGUUUUCAUUGAACUCACAAUCUUGGAGGAAGUCCAAUAUUAAUUAACUAGUAUAAAAUUACAAAUAUAAAAGUACUUUUGGGAUUCAAAAUUGAAAAUAAUAAGAUGACUACUAUGUACCCAUUAGAAUGGCCCGAAUCCAAAACACCUACAGUAGUAAAUGCUGGUGAGGAAGCAGAACAACAGGAAUUCUAAUUCACUGCCGAUGAGAAUGUAAGAGAGUACAUCCACUUUGAAAGGUAGUCUUGCAGUUUCUCACAAAACCAAACACACUUUUACAAUAUUAUUUAGCAAACAUGCUGUUUGGUAUUUAUCCAAGUUAGCUAAAAACAUGUCUAUUAAAAAUGUACACAAAUAUUUAUACAUUAUUCAUAGUUGUCAAAUCUCGAAAGCAAACAAGAUGUCCUUCAGUAGGUGAAUGGAUAAACUGUGGUUAUCCAGACAAUGGAAUAUUAUUUAGAGCUAAAAAGAAAUGAAUUACCAAGCCAUGAAAAAAAAAACAACACAGAAAAAACCCUUAAAAACAAAUCACUAAGCAAAAGCA